AAGUAACUAAUGAAUUUAUAAAUAACAGUAAUAAAAAUCAAAAUUAUACACACGAUAGUCAAUAUAAUAGCGACAUUAACACAAAAAUAACAAAAAUUAACAACACUGAUGAUGUCCAACAUGAAUUAGAUGGAAAUUUUGAAGUAGCAAUGGAUAUAGAUGAAACGGAAAGUGAUGAAAAUGUACAAGAAAGAGUACCGUUUAAAGUAGUUGAAGAGUUGAGCAGGGUAAAGACGUAUUUGAACAGGAAAGACAGGAAAUACGAUGGAUGUUCCACCGAUUCUGGGUACAGAAGCGAUUCGCAGCACAGAAAUUCACUGAGAAGUGCGUCUCAGCCGUCAGGCGGCUGGUUGAACCAGUCCGCCCACUGCCUGUACAGCCACAUCAUGCAAGCCACGCCGACAGACGACAUCGUCAAAGAGAUUUCCCAGGUGUUAGGCAAGCUAAUAGACAAGUUACACGAAGAGGAAAACUACCCUCCGUUUUUGGAAGAACUACUCGAGACGGUCGACCGCAUGCUUCGCGACAUACACACAGACGGAUGCACAGACAACUUGAUUUUAAACAAAGACGAAAAGAUCCAACGUAUGAUCCUAGUAAAUAAAUCGAAACAUAUAUUAAAAUAUAGCAUAGAAAAAAUAACAGCCAUACUACAACAGCUACAUACAAAUUUAACGCAAGAAAAUCCAUACGAAUGCACAAAUAUUGUAGAUUUAGAAAAUAUAUGCUACAUAUUUCAUAUGUUAGAAAUAUUUCUAAAAAGAUACAAGAAAGUUAAAGAUUCUAACCAAAGUCAAAAUUCACAAGAUACUUUACCAAAAAGGAGCUCUUUAGCAGAAUUGUGGAGGAAGAAAUGGAAUCCAAAUAGUAAAGAAAUUGUAAAACAUGAGAAUAAAAUUUGCGUUUUGAAAGGGUGCAGUGAAAUUCUGAAUAAAAUUAUUGUGGAAUGCAUGAACGGGUACAGUUUGGUGUCUUAUGCGGCUUUGCAAUGUUUUAAUUUGAUACAAGAUUAACUCUUUUAGUUAUUGUUUUUUCCACACAUCCAUUAAACUAUUAUUACUACCAAAGAUAAAUUGAAAUAGAGAUGUAUUGUCAAAGAAAACUUUGUAGACGCGUAAAUAUACUGCCAUCUUUCGACACAUGAUUAAAACCUUUAGAAAGCAAUUUGACUUUGAUCCUUAUUCUUUCAAUGGCGCCAUUUAAUAGAUCAAAGGCCAAAGGUACGGCGGUAUCGUUUCGAGCGAUGGCGCUACAACCUUUAGCCGAUGCCCGGUAAGAUGGCGCCACUUUUUGAUAUUUAACAAAUUUAACACAUAUCAUUGAAAGAAUAAGGAUCAAAGUCAAAUGGCGUUCUAAAAGUUCUAAUCAUGUGCCGAAGGAUGGCGGUAAAUUUACUGUGGCUACAAAAUUUUCUUAGACAAUCCACCUCUAUUUCAAAUCCUCUUUGCUACGUAUAGAAACCGGCACAGAGAACCUUUUGCGCCAUGAGUUGUUGUUGUUUUGGCAACAAUCCAUAGAAGCGGAGCGUGAAACGAUGUUUUGGUCGUGUUGCGUACAGUCAGCACCAAAAGUAGCGGAUCAAAUAACGUUUCAUAAGUAUCUAUUCUGUAACAGCUUAACAAAAAGUGAUGUCUUUAAUAUAGCCUCUUAAGGCCCAGCCAUAGAAAUGAAAAAUCCAAAAUUUGCCACUGGAAUUUGAACCUAUAGUGCACGGAAUACAGUAGAUUUUAUUUUGUUUGAAAAUUGCACGAAACAAAACAAAUGCAACUCUGUCCUAAUUGAAUAUGAUUUAAAUUUCAUCGAACUGAAUAAGUCCUAUAGGUAGGACCUUGGCCCUUACGAGGAUAGAACAACUAAGACUGUAAAAGAUAUAUUUUUGAACGCGAAUUUUAGAAAAUUAUCUACAUUUGGAAAAGUUAUACGGAAUAUCAGAUACUUUUGGCGCGUUGUUUCAUCCGCUACUUUUGAUGCUGACUGUACCUACGGGUUGCGAUGACGACAAUUUUAUUGCUUGGUAUGGAUUCUCCAUAUUAAUAAUAAUUUAAUGCAUACAACUCUUUCGGUAUCUUGAAAAACAUCAUUGUAUUUAUGUUUCAAAGAAGUAGUUACUAACAAAUAGGGUUAUAUUUAGUCAUAGAGAAAGAAAUAAGCAUAUAGUGCCUCCAUACAUCAGUUUUUUUACCAAAACCCUUAUUAAUUUCGUAGUCGACAUCUAGCGUCAAGUAGAGGAAUUAUCAGUACAGCUACUUAACAACAGAUGUCGCUACGAACAAAAAGUCUAAUGCUCAACAAUUUUCAGCUAUAGUCUGUAUCUUUAGGUAUUUAAAAAAAGGUAAACAAAAUCUACCCUCAAAUGGCUCCUUAAGGCAGUUGAGGGUAGAUGAAAACAUUAAAUGAUCAAAUAAAGUAGGUUUAAAGUCAGGUCGUUCAGUGACAGAUCCAGGCGGUUUUGUAUUUGGUUGGUUAACCAAUAAAUAUUAAAUCUACCCUCAAAUGGCUCCUUAAGGCAGUUGAGGGUAGAUGAAAACAUUAAAUGAUCAAAUAAAGUAGGUUUAAAGUCAGGUCGUUCAGUGACAGAUCCAGGCGGUUUUGUAUUUG